GCACAUUCGAACCCUUCUCAUUGUCCUGAGGUAGACCCAGCUCAGCUCAACACUAGAGGACUCUCAAGAGACACUGGAGACAAACUAUGUCAGGGGACGCAUACCUGAGGUUGCUCUCUAUAGUAGCCUAUUUAUGUGUUCUCAACACUGAGGCUCAUUCAGGUGGUUUUCCACUCACUCUUCCUGACUGGACGUCAAAUGCAGAUUAUUUCGCGAAGUGUGAUUUUGGCAGUGAUUUGCCAGCAUCCUGUGAUUGGACCUCUGAGGGACCCAUCAGCGCUCAGAAGGCAACAGAUGAAACAUCUCUCCAUUCUGAGAGUCCAUCUGGUGUGUUUCGCCUUAAGAGUGGAUUUCUUAAGAUCUCAGAAGACUCCUGUCUGGAGUUCUGGUACCAUAAACUUAAGAAGAGUUCUGAACUCAAGGUUUUGCUAGAGGCUGAUUUUCUGCAAACAGUGAUUUGGACCUCAGAGACAUCUAGCACUGGAGACUGGAGACAAGUCUUCGUCCCUCUCACAAAGCAGUCUGACAAAGACAACAUCCAGGUUAUUUUUGAGCGACUGAAAGGUCUGCAAGACGAUGAACAAACUGCCUUUGACAAAAUAGGAAUACGGAAGGGACAAUGUGGGCCACAAUGUCGGCGAGGAGGCACAUUUUGGACUGAUAAAAGCACUCGCUGCUCUUGCACUGAUGAGCAACUCAUCUGUUCUCACGACCCUCGGUCCAAAGAUACUUUUGGCACCUGCCAUGUGGCCUCUGACCCACACUACACUACUUUUGAUGGGGUCAGCUUCCAAUUUAAGAGUCCUUGUACCUACGUCUUGUCAAAGGUCUGCGAUGACUCAGGGUUGCUUCCUGAGUUUGCAGUAGAGGUGCAAAAUGAGAAUAAAGGGGACUCGCACGUAUCCUCCAUUCAGCAGGUGAACAUCAAUGUGCAUGGUCUGAGAGUGACCAUGGUGAGGACAGAGAGGAGCAAAGUCAUGGUUAAUGGGAUUUGGAAGAAUCUCCCUCUACUCCUGCAAAAAAACAAAGUUACGGUUAAUGCCCAGGGAGAUGCUUUGGUCCUUCAGACAGACUUCAAACUGUCUGUCCUCUACUUGAGAUCGGGUGCCGUACAGGUGAUUGUCCCCAGCCAUUACUCAAACAGAAUCUGUGGCAUGUGUGGUAACUUUAACCACGAGACAGAAGACGACUUCAAGAUCCCAGACGGGUCACUGGUGCAGGACACACAUGUUUUAGGGCAGAGUGUGUGUGGGGAACCCACCCUGCUAAGGGUCUGUACAGAUGCAGAGGAACAGAAGUACGCCAGCGAGGUUUACUGCGGCAUUCUAACAUCCAGACAAGGGCUAUUCUCAACGUGCUCAUCUGUUCUGAAUGCAGACAGUUUCUUCCGAAGCUGUAUGUAUGAUAUGUGUACAACUCAUGGAGAUCCCACAGCCCUCUGCGAUGCCAUUGAGGCCUUCAGUGCCACCUGCGACAAAGUUGGGAUCUCUGUUCUGGCCUGGAGGAACACAACAUUCUGUCCUGUGGCGUGUGGCCCUCAAAGCCACUAUAACGCCUGUGCCAGCGGCUGCCCUAAGACCUGCUCCAGCCAGGAUGCUACAGGGUCUUGUGGGAUAUGUGAGGAGCGCUGCGAGUGUGACGAUGGCCUCAUGCUCAGCGGAGGAGCAUGUGUAUCAGCUGAUGACUGUGGAUGCUGGGCUAAUGGACAGCAUUAUUUGGUCAGAGAGACAUUUAUGGAGGGUGAAUGUGAGCAGCAGUGCCAGUGUUUGGGCAAUGGGAACAUUCAGUGUUCUCCUACGUCCUGCAAAACUGAUGAAGUAUGCAUGGUUAAAGACGGAGUCUUGGGUUGCUUUCCGUCCAGCCCGGUGACCUGCAGCGUCUACGGUGACCCUCAUUACAUCACUUUCGAUGGCAAAGCCUACUCCUUCUGGGGCACCUGCAACUACACCAUAGCAAAAACCUGCGGGGCUACUGACACCCUGUUCACAAUAACAGCACGAAAUGAGGGCCAGAACAACUCUGCAACUUCCUCUCUUAACUCUGUAGCUCUUGACAUGGAUGGCCUACAUAUUGUCAUUGGAAAGAACAAGCAGGUUUCUGUAAACGGUGGUCGGGUUCGCCUCCCUGCGGAUUUUGGUUCUUCUGUGUCUGUGUUUCAGUCGGGGCCCUACGCUCAGGUUAAUACAAACUUCGGUCUAAGGCUGCUAUUUGGAAACGCCAGGCUGUUCGUCCAGGUGGAUGAACGCUACAGAGGAGUGUUGUGCGGCCUGUGCGGGACCUACUCCGGAAGUCAGUUUGACGACUUUCUGACACCCGACGGCAACACAGUAGCGAAUCCGCACGAGUUCGCCAGCAGCUGGAAUACCAACGACAGCGACUGGACUUGCACUAAUGGCUCUCCAAACCCCCCUGAGUGUCAUCCAGACCUGGAGAAUGAUGCAUAUACAAAGUGCAGUGAACUUUUUGAAGAUGCUUUCAAAGAGUGCCACUGGUUUGUUCCACCACAGAUUUAUGUCAGCAGCUGUGUUUCUGAUUACUGUAUUUCCAAGGGUGACAAAGCUCAGCUCUGCACCUCUUUGGAGGACUAUGUGUCUGCUUGUGAAAUAGCUGAGGUCCUUCUGCCAGACUGGAGGAAUCACACCUUGUGUUUUGCUGAUCCACUGCCAACAGAUGACCCCAAACCAAGUCCAUCUUCAGCAAGUUGCCCAUGGAGCUGUAACUUUGAGCAGGAUGAAUGUGGGUGGGAACAACUUAUCCAAGACAGUUUUGAUUGGACCAGAUGGUCAGGGUCAACGCCAACAAACUUCACUGGGCCAGCCGGUGACCACACCACAGGAAGUGGCUAUUACAUGUAUAUAGAGGGGGAUAGUGUGGUUCAUGGCGACUCAGCCCGAAUAAUGACCCCCGUCUGCCACACAACUGGCAAGCAGUGUUUGAGCUUCUGGUUUCACAUGUAUGGCUUGGCAAAUGCUAUGUUACUCAACCUCUACAUAUUUGAGAACGGUCGUGUCUUCAAAAUAUGGUCUAGAACUAACAACCAGGGCAACAGUUGGUACCAAGGCCAGGUUGAAAUCCAACCACAACAGUCAUUCCAGAUCAUCAUUGAAGGCAUCAGGGGCUCAAAUCCUCGCUCAGAUGUGUCCAUAGAUGAUGUGUCCAUAAUGCAUGGUGCAUGUGUCCAAGAUUUGGACUCGACCACUCUUGCACCCCAUCCAUCUACUCCAAACUUACAUGACCCCCAUCCAAAUUGCAGAAUGAACUGUGAUUUUGAAAGCGACAUUUGCAGUUGGACUCAACCAGUGACUGAUGUUUUUGAUUGGACAAGACACAAAGGCUCCACCCCCACAUCAAUGACUGGUCCCUCCUCUGACCACACAACAGGAAGUGGGUUUUACAUGUACAUUGAGGGUGACAGUGCCGUCCAUGGCGACACGGCCCGUCUCCUCAGUGCAGAAUGUGCUGAUCCUCAACCUCAGUGUCUUCAGUUCUGGUAUCACAUGUAUGGCUCCAGCUGGACCAUAGGACUGAGUGUCUACCUGCUGCAAUAUGGCAAUGUGGCUAAAGAGGUGUGGAGAAUGAGAGAAGACCAAGGAAACAUGUGGCAUCUUGCACGGGUGGACCUGAGACCAGAUGUUAAGUUCCAGGUGAUCUUUGAGGGGCGUAGAGGAAGCUCAGCCCGGUCAGAUGUUGCCAUUGAUGAUGUCUCACUGCACAGAGGAGCCUGUAGCGAUUUACCAAACCAGGCAGCUCCAUCUUCAGUUCCAUUGCCACCAGCUGCAAUAAUGCCACAACUUGCACCCAUCCAAACUGCAGAAAUACCAAACACCUCAGCUUCUUGUAGCAUCGACUGUGAUUUUGAAAAAGACAUUUGUGCUUGGACUCAGUUGGCGACUGACGUUUUUGAUUGGACAAGAAAUGGAGGCUCCACCCCCACAUCAAUGACUGGUCCCUCCUCUGACCACACAACAGGAAGUGGGUUUUACAUGUACAUUGAGGGUGACAGUGCUGUCCAUGGCGACACGGCCCGUCUUCUCAGUGCAGAAUGUGCUGAUCCUCAACCUCAGUGUCUUCAGUUCUGGUAUCACAUGUAUGGCUCCAGCUGGACCAUGGGACUGAGCAUCUACCUUCUGCAAUAUGGCAAUGUGGCUAAAGAGGUGUGGAGAAUGAGAGAAGACCAAGGAAACAUGUGGCAUCUUGCACGGGUGGACCUGAGACCAGAUGUUAAGUUCCAGGUGAUCUUUGAGGGGCGUAGAGGAAGCUCAGCCCGGUCAGAUGUUGCCAUUGAUGACGUCUCACUGCACAGAGGAGCCUGUAGCGAUUUACCAAACCAGGCAGCUCCAUCUUCAGUUCCAUUGCCACCAGCUGCAAUAAUGCCACAACCUGCACCCAUCCAAACUGCAGAAAUACCAAACACCUCAGCUUCUUGUGGCAUCAGCUGUGAUUUUGAAAAAGACAUUUGCACUUGGACUCAGUUGGCGACUGACGUUUUUGAUUGGACAAGAAAUGGAGGCUCCACCCCCACAUCAAUGACUGGUCCCUCCUCUGACCACACAACAGGAAGUGGGUUUUACAUGUACAUUGAGGGUGACAGUGCUGUCCAUGGCGACACGGCCCGUCUCCUCAGUGCAGAAUGUGCUGAUCCUCAACCUCAGUGUCUUCAGUUCUGGUAUCACAUGUAUGGCUCCAGCUGGACCAUGGGACUGAGUGUCUACCUGCUGCAAUAUGGCAAUGUGGCUAAAGAGGUGUGGAGAAUGAGAGAAGACCAAGGAAACAUGUGGCAUCUUGCACGGGUGGACCUGAGACCAGAUGUUAAGUUCCAGGUGAUCUUUGAGGGGCGUAGAGGAAGCUCAGCCCGGUCAGAUGUUGCCAUUGAUGAUGUCUCACUGCACAGAGGAGCCUGUAGCGAUUUACCAAACCAGGCAGCUCCAUCUUCAGUUCCAUUGCCACCAGCUGCAAUAAUGCCACAACUUGCACCCAUCCAAACUGCAGAAAUACCAAACACCUCAGCUUCUUGUAGCAUCGACUGUGAUUUUGAAAAAGACAUUUGCACUUGGACUCAGUUGGCGACUGACGUUUUUGAUUGGACAAGAAAUGGAGGCUCCACCCCCACAUCAAUGACUGGUCCCUCCUCUGACCACACAACAGGAAGUGGGUUUUACAUGUACAUUGAGGGUGACAGUGCUGUCCAUGGCGACACGGCCCGUCUCCUCAGUGCAGAAUGUGCUGAUCCUCAACCUCAGUGUCUUCAGUUCUGGUAUCACAUGUAUGGCUCCAGCUGGACCAUGGGACUGAGUGUCUACCUGCUGCAAUAUGGAAAUGUGGCUAAAGAGGUGUGGAGAAUGAGAGAAGACCAAGGAAACAUGUGGCAUCUUGCACGGGUGGACCUGAGACCAGAUGUUAAGUUCCAGGUGAUCUUUGAGGGGCGUAGAGGAAGCUCAGCCCGGUCAGAUGUUGCCAUUGAUGACGUCUCACUGCACAGAGGAGCCUGUAGCGAUUUACCAAACCAGGCAGCUCCAUCUUCAGUUCCAUUGCCACCAGCUGCAAUAAUGCCACAACUUGCACCCAUCCAAACUGCAGAAAUACCAAACACCUCAGCUUCUUGUAGCAUCGACUGUGAUUUUGAAAAAGACAUUUGCACUUGGACUCAGUUGGCGACUGACGUUUUUGAUUGGACAAGAAAUGGAGGCUCCACCCCCACAUCAAUGACUGGUCCCUCCUCUGACCACACAACAGGAAGUGGGUUUUACAUGUACAUUGAGGGUGACAGUGCUGUCCAUGGCGACACGGCCCGUCUCCUCAGUGCAGAAUGUGCUGAUCCUCAACCUCAGUGUCUUCAGUUCUGGUAUCACAUGUAUGGCUCCAGCUGGACCAUGGGACUGAGCAUCUACCUUCUGCAAUAUGGAAAUGUGGCUAAAGAGGUGUGGAGAAUGAGAGAAGACCAAGGAAACAUGUGGCAUCUUGCACGGGUGGACCUGAGACCAGAUGUCAAGUUCCAGGUGAUCUUUGAGGGGCGUAGAGGAAGCUCAGCCCGGUCAGAUGUUGCCAUUGAUGACGUCUCACUGCACAGAGGAGCCUGUAGCGAUUUACCAAACCAGGCAGCUCCAUCUUCAGUUCCAUUGCCACCAGCUGCAAUAAUGCCACAACCUGCACCCAUCCAAACUGCAGAAAUACCAAACACCUCAGCUUCUUGUAGCAUCGACUGUGAUUUUGAAAAAGACAUUUGCACUUGGACUCAGUUGGCGACUGACGUUUUUGAUUGGACAAGAAAUGGAGGCUCCACCCCCACAUCAAUGACUGGUCCCUCCUCUGACCACACAACAGGAAGUGGGUUUUACAUGUACAUUGAGGGUGACAGUGCUGUCCAUGGCGACACGGCCCGUCUCCUCAGUGCAGAAUGUGCUGAUCCUCAACCUCAGUGUCUUCAGUUCUGGUAUCACAUGUAUGGCUCCAGCUGGACCAUGGGACUGAGCAUCUACCUUCUGCAAUAUGGCAAUGUGGCUAAAGAGGUGUGGAGAAUGAGAGAAGACCAAGGAAACAUGUGGCAUCUUGCACGGGUGGACCUGAGACCAGAUGUUAAGUUCCAGGUGAUCUUUGAGGGGCGUAGAGGAAGCUCAGCCCGGUCAGAUGUUGCCAUUGAUGACGUCUCACUGCACAGAGGAGCCUGUAGCGAGAUCACUCUCUUGGAGACGCAUGGAAAUUAUGACAGCAUAAGCGAAAAUAUCAUGGAUGAGGAGGUGGCUAAGAAAGAAAGCUGGAAAGCAACAUAUGACAAAAUCACAGCAAGAAGAAGGCGGUCACUACUGUUUAGGGAACGUUCUCGGGCUUGAGCUGGAACACUACGAGGCAAACCAUUAGCUGAAAGCACCUGUCAUCUGUCAGUAUGAACCCACUCAACAUCAAAGCUCAAGAGCUACUCAGACCAGUUUUAGCAAGGUCAUUUGAGGUGUUGUUUUUCUAGGAAAUAUCUUUUACAUAGUUAUUUCAUAUUAUGAUUUACAAAAAAGAUGCGUUUUCCCCUAAAAUCACUGUGAUUUUUUUUUUUUUUCUCAAGUUUACGUCUCCUAGCAGAGUAACCACUUUACAUUGAUCAUGAGAAUGUUACACAAAUAUUUAAACAUCCAUAUAACGCCUGAAUACUUAUUUUAAUUUUCAACAAUUAAUCUGUUUUAUCAUUUAUAAAACUAGCUAAAUUCUUGUUGCUGAAUGUUUUAUGUGCAUGCAUGUUAUCUGUAAGUCUGUGUUUUUGUCUUUCAUUUAAUAAACAUUAAUUUCAU